AUGGUAAAUGCUGAAACUCAUUUUCAACAGGAUAAACAGAAUGAGCAAAUAGAACUACACUAUAAUAGAAGUGCAAAUGACAUUUGCUUUUACCGAAACGGCAAACAAAAUGAGGAUUGUAGUGCAUCAUCUCUAAAAGGAAACGGCAGACCAUAUCCCUGUGAAAUGCCUACACAAUAUAACUGUUCAAUUCUAGCAGGCGGUGGACAAAUUAUUGUCUCUAAAUGUGGUUUUGGUGACUAUGCAAAAGAGAUAGUUUUCGGAACUGCUAAUUUUAUGAGUAUACAGAUCACCACAAAACACGUCAAUACGGAAAACUUAACUGGGCUUGCAGGACACCAAGAAGACGGUUUCUACAUAAUGCGAAAUAAGUCACAAGUAGCUGUAAAUGCAUCUGCCCCUAAGCGGUUCGAUUUUGCAGAAUCGUGGUCUCUACGAAACGCCUCAGACAGUAUUUUCAAAUAUAGCAACACAAGCGGAAAUUUUACAUUAUAUAACAAACACCAUACUCGUCCAAAAUUUCUUGAAGAUUUGUUGGGAAAUCUGACAGCUCUGUUUGAGAACUUUACACAUUCAAACAUCACGAAAUUUAACAACACAUGCAUGAAUUACUGGAACAAUGAACCUAACGAGCAGUGUUUGCUCACGAUAGCAAGGACAGGGAAUUACGGUCUUGGAGUAGCAGUAAUGUUAAAGGCAAAUGCAUCACGUCACGCCUGGGAAAUACAGCACAACAAAGCUCCUCAAUUUUCACAUGGAUUUCCACAUAAUAUAACUGUAAAGUAUAAAAAAAGUUCCAUCUGGUCGAUUAAUGUAACGGACUUUGUCACCGAUGAUCAUACUAAACAGCAAGACCUAAAGUUUGAAGUUAAGACGAAACUGCCGAAGUCAGAGUACACAUUUGAGUAUGGUAUAUUCAAGUGGACAGUUGGCACUGGUUUAAGGUAUAUAGACACGGGCAUCACAUUCACCGUUACAGACAGUUUUAAUGCUCCAGAAAUCAGUGUAGUAACUAUCAAUUAUUGUGGAUGUGAAGAACCGGUACAAUGCUCUUCUAUUACGUUUAAUUCAAAUUCUACAGAUAAUGUAAACAAGGCAUCGUGUAAUUGUCCAGAUUAUGCCACCGGAUUGUACUGCGAGAAAAUGAAAGACACAUGUCCAAAUGUUACAUGCUUCCAAAAUGAUUUAUGCAAUGCGACGGCCUACCGACUAUCAGAUAGCUGGCCAUGUGCUCCAUGUCCGAAUGGAAGACGUCAAGUAAUGACUCCAAAACAACAAACUUGUGAAGAUAUUGACGAGUGUGAUUCAGAUUACACUGGUAAAGAUAAAUGUCAGCAAAAUUGUUCUAAUACUAAUGGGUCGUUUACUUGUAGCUGUAGAAGUGGAUACACAUUAAAUGCUGAUAAACAUACCUGUGAUGAGGAACGUCAUGCUAUGAGGAAUUGA